AGUUAACGUAAUGUUUUAUUCAAUGUUAAACUUAUCAGUAAACCAAUGUGUCCUUUACUGUUCUCCAUACAUUAUAUUUUCUACCGGUAAACAUUGAGAUGGCGAAACAGUCUAAAAGAGAUUUAUUUGAGGACUUAGAACUGUACAAUGAGAAAGAAGAUAAUCCUGUUAUUCCACUCGCCAUGGGUGCUCCAGGGACAGACACAAUCUCUGGUUGUAAAGAGAUCUUACUGGAAUCGACAAGGAUAACACUGACAAAUGAAGAGGAGAAAUACAUAUUCCAGUACGGUCCUAUGAAAGGGGAUCCAGAUUUUUUGGACGAGUUAGCUAGGUUUCUAUCAUCAGAAUACGGGAAUGACGUCGACAGCGACAAUUUGAUGGCCACAGCUGGUGCCACACAAGGCCUCCAUCUGACAGCGAGUGUAAUGUUUGAUAGGAGCACUCCAGUAUUUGUUGAAGACCCAACAUAUUUCAUAGCCAUAAAAAUACUGAGGGAAGAUCUAGGAAUGAAUAUCAUACCAGUGCCUACUGACGGGGAUGGUAUAAUUCCUGAAGCAUUAGAAACAGCUAUAAAAGAAAACGUUAAACCUGGUUCUGAAACGAAAACACCCUUUAAAGGAAUGGUGUAUCUAAUGACCACUUUCUCAAACCCUCGAGGAAUUUCAACGUCUCCAGAAAGAUGUCGUAGACUAGUACACCUUGCCAGGAAAUAUGAUAUGUUAUUGUUCACAGAAGAUGUGUAUAAUUUAUUGUCCUACACAGGGACAUGUCCUCCACCUCGACUCAUGUUCUACGAUGACAAGAAUGAUGACGAUUUCAAAGGUAAUGUAUUAUCAAACGGAACUUUCUCUAAAAUCCUAGCACCAGGAAUUAGACUAGGAUGGAUAGAAGCUUCAGAGAGAAUUCUAGACCUUGUUGCUAAAUGUAACACAUCAUGGAGCGGCGGAUGUUUUAACCACUACGCUUCAAGACUAAUGACAACAGCACUACAACAAGGGAUGCUCACUAAACAUCUACAUAAAAUCAGGAGUAUAUAUGCGCGGAGAAUGAAUUUGUUGUAUGAUUUGUUGUGUGAAGAUUUCCCUGUACCUAUUGUUUGCGAAAAACCAAAGGGAGGAUUUUUCUUGUGGGCAGAAUUACCCUCGUCGUUGGAUUCCAAAUUACUUCUUCAGAUUGGGAUAGAAAAGCAUGGUGUCAAUUUUAUUAUUGGAUCAAGCACAUCACCAACAGAAAGUUAUAAAAACUGUAUCCGAUUGUCCAUUAGCUUCUGUGAUGAUGAGAAAUUAAAACGAGGCGUUCAGAAACUGAAAGACGCUGUAAGAGAAUACCAAUCAAUAUGGGGCCAAGACAAAUAGGGAAUAGUUCACGGAGACAAUCAUUUUGUUUUAUUUUUGUUAGUUAGAAGAAUAUAAUAGUAGCUUACGGGACAUAUCUUUACAGUAAAUUAAAACACAAUCACAA